AUGAAGACGGUAAUCAACAGGUCCUGGUCCAAUGAGGGGCAGCAGGUCGCACUUGGUUCUUGUUGUCGUGGUUCAGACCGGGUCCACGCUCGUCUCCCUUCUGUGCUGUCACAGUGUGGGCUCGGCUGAGACUCGGACCGGGCUGAAGGGUUCUGAAGCUGACUUCGACUCGUUCAGAGAGAAGUUCGACCGCAGGUAUGAAGCCACCGGCGACGAGUUCACCCGCCGUCAGCUGUUCUUUCAGAAUGCUACAAAUCGGCAUGCACGCCUGAAUUCGUUCUCCACGUCACCGCAGUCUGCCAAGUAUGGCGUCAACCAGUUCUCUGACCUCUCACAGAGGGAAUUCAGAGAUCUGUACCUGCGAGCGAGUGCCGACAGAGUUCCUCUCUUCCCUGGACUGAAGACAGAGGGGCUGCCGGCCAAAUUUGACUGGAGAGACAAAGGAGUGGUGGCUCCAGUCCAGAACCAACAAGCAUGUGGGAGCUGUUGGGCAUUCAGUGUGGUCGGUGCCGUGCAGUCCGUCCGUGCGAUUGGCGGCUCGCAGCUGACACAACUCAGCGUGCAGCAGGUUUUGGAUUGCUCCUUUCAAAACGCAGGCUGCAGCGGAGGCUCCCCAGUUCGUGCUCUGAAUUGGUUGAAACAAACCAGAGUGAAGCUGGUUCCUCAGUCAGAGUAUCCCUACAAGGCCGUGACGGGAAUCUGCCAUUUUUUCCCUCCGUCACAUGGUGUUGUCGCCUUGAAGAACUUUACUGCACAUGACUUCAGUGGUCAAGAAGAGGCCAUGAUGGGUCAUCUGGUGGAUCGCGGUCCCUUGGCUGCUAUCGUGGAUGCUGUCAGCUGGCAGGAUUACCUGGGUGGAAUCAUCCAGCACCACUGCUCCAGCCAGCGGUCCAAUCACGCCGUCCUGGUCGUCGGAUACAACACUUCUGGGGAUAUUCCAUACUGGAUUGUGCAGAACUCGUGGGGAACCACAUGGGGGAACGAGGGUUAUGUUUAUAUAAAAAUCGGUGGCAAUGUUUGUGGUAUUGCAGAUUCUGUGGCAGCAGUAUUCCUUUGACAAGAUCUGUAUUUUUGUCUCUCGUCUUGUGUACGUGACUGUGUGUGACUGUGUGUGUGUGUGUGUGUGUGUGUGUAUGUGUGAAAUAUAAGUCAUCUGUUUCCCCGACAAGUCUCACUUUAAGUGAUGGUUUUUUUAAUUGAAAUGUCACAAUUGUACAUCACUAAAACAAAAUAAAUCACUUCAUGUGCUGAUGA